AAAGAAAGGCCUAUUGGGUGAUAGAAAGAGAAUGGUCAUGAAAACCGAAUGAUUUCUUUUUCUUGGGGCGAUAAAACCAAAUGAAAUGGUGUUUUAAGUAUGCGUGUCUCUGAUCCAUUCAUUUUGUAGUCAUGUACUCUCUUUCGUCUCUUCGUUUCAAUCGCUGCGUUUACAUUUCAAUUUAUUAUCCUCUUUCUUCCUUGUAUUCUAGUUUAAUAAUAAAAUCCAAAUUCAACAACAAAAGCAAAACUCAAAUUUGUUGAGCAAAAAAAAAAAAAAAAACACAGAUAUCAUUUUGUUUGCUCUUUUCCUAUUUUUGGACUUUUCUGUAUAUUCACUGUUUGAGAAGAAAGAAUUGGGGCAUCUCUCUCUCUUUAGUUAGAUUUUAUUAAUGGAGAAAGAAGAGAAGAGGAAGAAGAUGGAGGUUGAUUCAGUUCCAGCAGCAGCUUUGGAAGGGUUUUCACCAGUCUCUACAACUAGGAUUUUCUGGAAUUCCAGGAAAAGAUCUGCUAGCGGGAGGAAUUUAGACAAGGUAACAGAAGAGACUGCUAAUGUGACACCCACCAAACAGGAAGAACAAAUUCUUGAUCAAGACAAUACACCAGAUUCCGCUACCUCCUCUGAACUUUCCGAGCGUCGGAAGGCUCUCUUUGAGCCACUGGAACCUAUUAAAAACAUCAAUGGCCGGCGACCGUCAGCAGAGUCUUUGCUUCCCCCACCAGACUUCGAUGCUGCGAGCUAUCCAAAGGGCUGGCUGAUCGGAAAGAAGAGGAAGCUGGUAAAUGUUGACGUUGUUGAGAGCAUGCGAAGGAUUGCAGUCCAGGAAAUGAAUAGAAAGGACAGGGAAAUUGAUGGGUUGAAUGAGCAGUUGGAAGAAGAUGCGAGGUGCUUAGAACAUCUGCAACUUCAGCUUUUACAAGAGAAAAGUAAAAGAUCAGAGGUGGAGAGAGAAAACGCAAUGCUUCAAGAACAGGUAUCCAUGCUGAUGAAUAUGUUGCAGGAAGGUGAGGAAGGUCCAGAUGAUCAUGAACCUUGAAAACUUUUUCAUUUAAUUGUUCUUUUCUUUGUAGAGUUAGUUGUUGGAAAAUUAGUAAAGAAGAGCAUGCAGGAUAUAUAUGGCAUGCAAUCUACCCUCCCCACGAUUUAAAUUUGCACCCACCCACCCACAGUUAGUCGCGUCUCGUUUGUUGCAGAAGACAUGAUGAAUAUUAUUGCAAUGUAUUGUAUUAUGUAUGAAAAAGAAAAUGUCAAAGCUGUAAAA